CAUCUCCUCUCACAUCUUCUCUUUUCUCUCCCUCUCGUCGACUAUCGACUCUCCGCUCAUCAUGCCCGCGCCUCGGCGCUCCCCCACUUUUUCCUCUCCGGCCGUUUCUACGGACGUCUCCCCAAUCCCAUCCUCUGCUGUCUCCGACAUCAACGAGUCGAGCGAGACCGACGACCAGGUCGAGGACGAGGCAGCGACGACACCGACUGCGCCUGCACACCCACACCCAUGGGCACCGCGCUCUGUAUCGGUGCAAGUAAAGCGCCCGCGGCUAGCGCACCAAAUCAGCGUCGGCUCCAGCCUCUUCGCGUCGCCCGGACCGUCCUCCGCCUCGCCAUAUGGGGGCCGGGGUCGAACCUUCGCACCUUCCUCCCUGCCGUCGCCGGGGUGGGUAGGGCCAACGCGUGACUUUUUACGGCCUCGCACCGACCAGCCACGCGAUAACAACUCCACCGUGCCGCCGCAGAACGACUACCUCGCAGAUUGGGCGACUCUGCAGGAUCUUGUGAUGCCGGCGCCUGACCGCCAAAGCCGUUCGCCCAGUCGCCGCCGAGAUCCUUCUCCGGCCGUCGGGAGUUUGCGCUCUGGGUACGGCUCGAUUGGCGCUGGAACUCCUGCUCGUCCAGGGCGCACAGCGUCAUCGCGCGUUGGACGCGUCCCCAGCGUCACAGAAACCGACGAAGAUACCGAGGAGGAGGUCGUAGAGUCCUCAUACUCCGCGCUUCUGAGCUCAUCUCCGCCCACCCUAGAUGGGUUUCCUAGCCUGGGCGCCGUCGGGGAAGAGAUGGAGCGCCUAGAGACGCCUGAGCGACCGUCUACCCUUGCAAUGGCGCCCCCGCGCGUCGCAUCCCCGCUCCCUUCUCCUCGCGAAAACACACCAAGUGGAGCUCCCCCGACGCCUGCAACGCCGUCCUUGACUCCAAAGAAGCCUCAACCAUCGCGAUGGACACCACCACCGUACUGGGCUCCGAUACUGAAGUGCGGGUUGGCUUACCUCAUCGCUGAGCUAUUCACCUUCGUGCCUCAGCUAUCGCACCUUUUAUCGAUGCGCAGCGAAACUGACGUGCACGGAAGAAAGCGUGCCGUACCGGCAUACUCGGCGCACAUGGUAGCCACGAUCGUCGUCUAUUUCAACCCAGCACGCACCAUGGGCAACAUGAUUCUUUCCACUCGGUACUGCGCGAUACUCGCGACGAUGGCCGCCCUCGUCUCACUGGUGUCCUUCGGUAUUAUCCGUUUCUUCGACUUCUUCUCCCCAUCAAAUGGAGACGCACGGGAUUGGGCCAGCGAACUUGGUGACUGGAUGGUGUGCUUUGUGUGUGUUGGUGGCGCGAUGGGUGCACUUGCUUGGCUCAAGCAGUGGGUCAAUAAUCCGAGUUUCAACACGGGUUGCUCGAUGGCUGCAGUGACGCUUUUCACGGUGGUAGUAAAAGAGGGCGGCUGGGACAAGCUUAAGGAGGUGCUCCUGAUCGUACUGAUAGGAGCCACGAUUACCAACGUCGUCUGCUUCACGAUCAUGCCCGUCUCUGCUACAACACGUCUGCAAGCAUCGAUGACCAAGUCUCUCGACGGAUUCUCCACACUUCUCGACAUAUUGUGCUCAACCUUCCUUCUCGAGCAACCUCAUGCCAAGGAAAACCGUAUGCCGCUAGCACAGGCUGUUAAGGCGCACGGCGCAGCGUUCAAGUCCCUCAAGGCAAACCUAGCUGAAGCAAAGCAUGAGAGACUGAUCGACCCACGCAUGCGAGGAGCUAAAUUAGAGCUUUACGAUGCGGCACUAGGCAGCAUGGCGCGUCUCGCCCAGCAUCUAGCCGCGAUGCGCUCCAGUACUCGCCUCCAGGAAGCUCUUCUGCGUGCCAACCGCGAUGGCAGAAUUGAUCUCGACAAGGCCGAGAAAUGGAACCAACAUGUCACGGAGUCGGUGAUUUACGAAUUGGGUGACCUGCCGACGAUUUCAAUCGAGGAGGAGGCCGAUGUCGCGCAAAGCGUCAGGCUGUUCCAAGAACUCCAGCGCAUGGCUGGUGACGACAUGGACCAUCUGGUGGCCCAAUGUGAUGAGGGGCUCGAUGCCAUCGAGGAGGUCAUCGGGGCGCGUUCUCAAACCGCCACUGAUGAGGCAGACGUUCCGGGUACGCGUGCAGCUGUUGCAGCCGCUCUGAGAAGCUUCAGCCGAUCGUCGAGCCGGGCUAUCAAGCGCAUUUAUGCUGGGCCUCGCCGUCGCAAGGGUGUCUAUGACUCGGAUAGCGACAGCAGCAGCAGCGAUGAGACGCAACAGGCACCUCGCCAGCUGCCCUCCAUGCUCGUGAAGGACGACCAGGAUGACGGCCCCAACGAGGUGAUCUUUCUCGUGUACUUUUUCCUCUUCACGAUGGAAGAGUUUGCACGAGAACUGCUCUUUCUACUUGAAACGGUCAAUGAGAUUACCGAUUCUCCUCCAGUCACAGCGUGGGACCAGCUCCGCUCAUUUAUUGCCCCAUGGCGCAAGUCCCACAGGAAGCAGGCCAACUUUCUGUACAAGCAAUUCCAAAAGCUUGUUCCCAUUGAUCCCAGCAAACUUCAGCCGCCUCUGUUUCCAAGGACUCAGCGCGAUGAGCGCGGUACGCUAUUGACGCCCGCCCGCGCUGGCAUGUCGUUGCGUCAGCGGCUGUUUCAGUUCACCUGGGAGGUUGGCUCUCGCCUCAGUGAGCCUGACCUGCGAUAUGCCAUUAAAACUGGCCUUGGCGGCGCCAUCUUAGCGGCACCUGCAUUUGCCGACACUACACGGCACUUCUUCUUGGACUAUCGCGGCGAAUGGGCGCUCAUUGCCUACUUCGCGACAAUGAGUAUGACAGUGGGGCAGACCAAUUUCCUAUCAUUCUUCCGGAUAGUCGGUACUAUUUUGGGAGGAGCUGUUGCGGUUAUUGCAUGCCUACUUUUCCCUGAAAAUCCCGUGGCACUCCCCAUCUUCGGCUUCCUCUUCUCUCUGCCGUGCUUUUACAUCAUCACGCAGAUGCCCGAAUAUGCCCAAGCGGGUCGCUUCAUCCUCUUGACAUACAAUUUGACCUGCUUGUACUCGUACAACUUGCGUGAAGAGGACUUGUCGCCCGUUACGAUCGCCUUGAAGCGCACUACGUCGAUUGUGGCUGGCGUGGUGUGGGCAGCAGUUGUCACGCGAUGGUGGUGGCCGUUCACGGCGCGCCGCGAGCUGCGCAUGGGUCUAGGAGACUUCUUCCUGGACCUAUCGUACCUCUAUUCAAAACUUGUUACGACGUACACCCGCGGCUUUGAGUCCACCCCAACCCCAACAGACUGGUCGGACUCCUCAGAAACUCCAGAGCUGCCAACAGAGCGCACAGCGCUCUUGCCCACCGCUGGUCAAGCGCCGCCAGAGCACCACCUCAGUCCUGACGUUCUUCAGUUCAUGGCGAUGGAGCUUCAUCUCCAGGGCCAGCUAGGUCAGCUGCGUGGUCUGCUGGGUCAUGCAAAGAAUGAGCCCCGCCUCAAGGGUCCAUUCGCGUUUGAUUUUUACCACGAGGUACUACUGAGCUGCGAGCGGAUGCUCGACCGCCUUCAUAGCAUGCGCUGCGUCACCACACGCUCCGAAUGGGACCAAAGUAUCCGCCAGGCUUUCGUCCUCCCGGUCAACAAGCAGCAACGAGAAAUGGCUGGCAGCAUUAUCCUGUAUUUCUACACGCUUUCUGCCGGUUUCCGCCUGCGCAUCCCCAUGCCGCCAUAUCUCCCUCCCGCCGAGGCCGCGCGUGAGCGUCUGGUCGAUGCGAUCCGCCAGCUGGAUGUCGUCAAGCGGCGCAGCGUGCGUGGCGGCGGUCGUCAUCUCCUGUUCUUUGCGUACGCGCUCGCUAUGCAGGAAGUUAUCGACGAGCUCGACUACCUCGGCGGGCUGCUACAAGACGCAUUUGGCGUGAUUGCCACAAGUAGCGGUGUUCGUGAGUUUGACGAGCUGUUCGUCGGCGGCCCUGGCGACGGGGACGAACAUGUACACAACGCACACCUCGCCUUCGAUUCCUCGUUUCACUUCCGAUCGGCCGCAGCUUAGUGAUAUUGUAUAGUAAUGAUAAUUUAUCAACCAGUACAUGACCUGUACAAUGUGCACCUAGGAAGUGAGUGUAGUGUAUGAAUCUAGGUACAGUGUCGU